GCUAUAAACCAUCACAUCACACAACGGCGCAAUAUAUUUGCUUUCAAGGCUUCUUCCACUUGCUUGGAAGCCUUUUCAGCCACCGGUUUAUUUUCAUGCAUGUAGGCGUCCAGCUGUCGUUUGUAUGGCGGGAGCUAGUUGUGCUACCACGAGAGGUACUUUGGAACGAGGAGGAUCUGGGGGUGGGCAGUAACUCCAACUGGGUAUUUAACGAAAGCCUGGGGAGUGUUAUGAUCUUUUGACACUCUAGCUUUUCUAUGCCCCGAAGCAUAUCGUCCACUAUCAUACCCUAUUCAAAAUGACAAGCACGAUAACGAUUUCUCGCCAGAGCCUCCGGCCCGAUCCUUCUGCAUCCGCGACCAUUACUGAUGUCAAACCUGUUGCAUCUUACAGCUGGGUGGAGGCAAGUAACCCUACCAUAGCUGUGCCCGGCGUGCCACCACAAUGGUCCCCUCCUGCAACUUCUCGUCAGCUUCCUAAGGACUCGGGCAUGAUCUACAUCGCCCAAAACGCAGCCCGACACCCAACCAGUCCCAUGGAGCCGCUAUUCCGUGCACUGGAAAUCGAAGACCCCACCUUCGACUUACGCUCGGUCGACGUCGUGUCCGAUCGAAACAACAUCCGCAAGCUGCUGUCCUUCAUCGACCCCGAUUCUAGCCGAAACGGGCUAGAGCCAUUCACGAUCAACGUCGAGGUCGUGGGGAACACCAUGAUACUCAACCGGACCGAAACAAAGACGUAUGAGAUCAUUGGACCCCAGGAGUUCCGGGGCUUUGGCCAUGAGUUCGAAAAGGCGUACACCAAGUGCGAGAUCGGCGACAGCACCGGCCACCACCGCAUCGUGUCCUACCGCUUCGGCGGCCUGAAGUUCCUCGUCCGCCACGAAGUAGACGGAUACGUGAAGGGCCUAGCCGGGUCAGCUUCGAGCAGCCGCAGCAAAGGACAAGAAGCCGACAGCCUCUCCAGCCUUCUGGGGUCCCUGUCUCUUUCCGGGCCCGCCAACACCACUAACAGCAAAAGCCCGCCCAAAACAAUCAAACCCGCCGGAUCAAAGCUGACCAUCCGCAAGGAGGGCCACGCGGUUCCGCUGCAGUCGACACUAGAGAUCAAGACGCGGGUCGCGCACAAGCCGCUCGUGUUUUCCGAAAUCACGACGCAGCUGUGGGCUUCGCAGACGCCCAAGCUCGUGCGCGCCUACCAUCGCCGCGGCGUGUUCGAGAAGCCGCAGGUCGAGGACGUGAUGCCGCAGAUCAGGGCGUGGGAACGGGACCACCAGACUCAUCUGAGGGAACUGGCUCUGCUCCUCAAGAAGAUGGUGGCGGCAGUGAAGGAGCAGGGGGGAGGUGCGGUGCUAAAGUAUGAUGUGGUGACGGAUAGGUUGAGUAUCACGAAGGCGAAGGGGGGGAGGUUGCUGCCGGGGGAUUUGUAUAAGAAGUGGGAGAUGAGGGAUGGGGAUGGCAAGGAGGGGGAGGGGGAGGGGGAGGAUUGAGGAAGGCAAUGGGUAUAUCUAGCUACCUAGACAUUAUAACAGCUUGAAGGUAUUAUACGGAUACCUUAAUUAGGCUGGUAUUGUGCUUGGUAUUAGUUUACAACUGUUAGAUACCUACCUCUUAAUUACCUUAAUCAAGAGAAAAGUUGAAACUGACUUCAGGGGUGAGAUGGAAUACUCCGAAAGGAUUGUUUGGUUCCUGCAAGCC